AUGCUAGCAGUGGGGGAAGAAGAGACCUACUCAGUGGUGAAGAAUGAUGUGCGAGUUACCUUAAGGAUAAGGAAGCCAGUGGCUUUCUUUUCUCUGAUUCCUGUUCUCAGGCCAAGACCAGUGACACCACAGUCAAGGUUCUUCAGUCCCUUUGUAGUGGCUUUCAUUGUCAUAACAACAGUAUUGAUCCUGGCUAUGACUAUAGGUCUACUUAUUCACUUCUUAGCUUUUGACAAGAAAACUUAUUUUUACCACAGCAGCUUUCAAAUCCUAAAUGUUGAAUACACUGAGGCAUUAAAUUCCCCGGCUACACAGGAAUACAGGCAUCUGAGUGAAAGAAUUGAAUCUAUGAUUACUGAUGCAUUCCGAGAAUCAAAUUUAAGAAGUGACUUUAUCAGAACACAUGUUGUCAAACUGAGGAAAGAAGGGAAUGGCGUGAUUGCGGAUGCUGUCAUGAAAUUUCGAUCUAGUAAACGUAGCAAUAGAAGAUCCAUGAAAAACAGGAUUCAUUCUGUGCUUCGAAUACUGAGUAACUCUGGAAGCUUGGAAAUAGCCCCUUCGAAUGAGAUAACAUCACUCACUGACCAGGAUACAGAAAAUUUUUUGACUCAAGAAUGUGGAGCCCGUCCAGACCUUAUAACACUAUCAGAAGAGAGAAUCAUUGGAGGCACGCUAGCUGAGACAGGUGACUGGCCCUGGCAAGUCAGUCUACAGCUCAAUAAUGUUCACCACUGUGGAGGUAUCCUGAUCAGUAACUUGUGGGUCCUGACAGCAGCUCACUGCUUCAGAAGCUACUCUAAUCCUCUACAAUGGACUGCCACCUUCGGUGUUUCUACAAUACGUCCCAUCUUAAGAGUGAGAGUAAGGACUAUUGUAUCCCACAACAAUUACAGAUAUUCAACUCGUGAUAAUGAUAUUGCAGUUGUACAACUUGAAAGACCUGUCACCUUUAACAGAAAUAUCCACAGGGUGUGUCUCCCUGCAGCAACCCAAAUUAUCCUACCUGGUUCUGUUGCAUAUGUCACAGGAUGGGGGUCACUCACUUAUGGAGGCAACACAGUCACCGAUCUACGACAAGGACAGGUCAGAAUAGUAAGUAACAAUGAAUGCAAUGAACCAGCUGGUUACGGUGGAAGUGUCUUGCCUGGAAUGCUCUGUGCUGGAGUGCCUUCUGGUGCUGUGGAUGCAUGCCAGGGUGAUUCUGGUGGCCCACUAGUCCAAGAAGACUCACGGCGGCUUUGGUUUGUUGUGGGGAUUGUGAGCUGGGGAUAUCAGUGUGGCCUGCCAAAUAAGCCAGGGGUGUAUACUCGAGUGACAACCUACCGCGACUGGAUUCGCCAGCAAACUGGAGUCUAGUGCCACAAAAGCAAAUGUGUUGUGAAGUGUAUAUGCAAGUGUACAUGACUCAGAUGUCAUAAUUUUACUUUUCAACUGCAAAGGAAACUGGAACUGUCUCAUUGUAACAUAGUAUU